AUUUCCUUAGCAAAGAAAGAAGGGGCUGACGAGAUCGUUGAAGAAGCUUGUCCGAAUAAUAAACAUAUUGCAUUAAUAAAAUAGGAUACCAUAGAUCGUGGAACCUUCUGUUUUGUGUGAAGCUUUCAAGAAUUAACCCACAGCAAUGUCGGCCCAAGCUCAAAUGAGAGCUUUGCUCGAUCAACUAAUGGGGACAGCGAGGGAUGGGGACGAGACGCGGCAGAGGGUCAAGUUCACUGACGAGCGGGUCUGCAAAAGCCAUCUCCUGAACUGCUGUCCCCACGACAUCCUCUCUGGAACUCGUAUGGAUCUGGGAGAAUGUGCGAAGACCCACGACCUAGCGCUCCGGGCCGACUAUGAAAUCGCCUCCAAGGCGAGGGAACUCUUCUUUGAGCUUGACGCUGUAGAUCACCUGGAGUCUUUCAUUGCUGAUUGCGACCGUAGAACAGAGUUGGCCAAGAAACGACUGGUGGAGACUCAGGAUGAGAUCAGUGCGGAGGUCGCUGCAAAGGCAGAGACUGUCCACGAGCUGAACGAAGAGAUCGGGAAGCUCCUGGCCAAGGCGGAGCAGCUGGGAGCCGAGGGGAACGUAGAUGAAGCCCAGCUGAUCCUACAGGAAGUGGAGAAUGUCCGCAGCAGGAAGAGGGAUGCCGAGGAGGAGUACAGAAACUCCAUGCCUGCCUCCAGUUUCCAGCAGCAGAAGCUCCGUGUCUGCGAGGUAUGCUCGGCAUACCUGGGUCUCCACGACAACGACCGUCGCCUGGCCGACCACUUUGGUGGGAAGCUGCACCUGGGAUUCAUCCAGAUCAGGGAGAAACUGGAAGCCCUGAAGAAAACAGUCAUUGACAAGCAGGAGAAGAGGAACCAGGACCGUCUCAAGAGGCGAGAAGAGCGAGAGAAUGAAGAGCGGAUGAAGACAAGGACCAAAUCACAGAGCAGGGAACGGAGCAGGGAACAUAGGUCCCGCUCUCGCGAACGUAGGAGGCGGCGUUCCUCCGCUCGCUCCAGGGACCGGGAGAGGAGGAGACGCCACCGCAGCCGAUCCUGCAGCAAGGGCCACCGCCACGAGCCCAGCACCAGACACAAGUCGUCCCGGGAUCGAGAGCGCUCCUCCAGAGACCAUUCACGGGAGCGAAGCAGGAAGAGGGGAUCCUCCGAGAGGCGGCAAGACAGCAGGGAUCAGAACGGGAGGACUGACUCCCGCCGGGUGCAGGACAGGGACAGAGACACCGGGGACCUCUGAGGACUCUCGCUAUCUAUCCAUCCUCAAAACACAACCUCCUGUUCUCUCUUUCAUACCUGUGCACAUAUCUAUAAGGACUCUCUUAACAGCAAUGUCCAGAGACGUUUUGAUUUGACAGAUAUUCCAGCCAACCCACUGUGUCCCAAAUAAAUAGAGCUCAUAUGA